AUGAACUCCGCCCCUGGUGUCUCUCCAUCGGCAUUAACUCAAGUCUCAGCUCCAGCGGAGCUCGGGCUGACGCAGGCUUCCCCCAUCUUUGCUUGUGGCACAACUGUGGGUUUGCAAAUUCCUCGCUCUUCACAAAUUGCCACAGCUGCACCUGUACUAGGCAUCCCUAGAUCUACCAUUCCUUGUAAUCCUUCAAUCUUGACUUUGGCAAAUCAAGUGCCUGUCCCUGGCUAUGGUUAUCUUCCCCUGCCGCCUGCUGGCGCCACUGACAGGGCCAUUCCUCCUGCGGCCUAUGCAGAUUUUGGUGCUAACUCGAUAGUCUCAGCUGCUCCACUGGCCCUUCCUGCCCCUCAUUCUGUCACCCCUCGUAAUGAUAAUGGGACCAGCGCCCUUACGCUAGCAACAGCAUCACAUCACCUUCAGAGAGAUACAUUAGCAAGAGCAGCAGGUCAAACUCUUGGAGCUACAGUACUGGGCAGUUAUGGAUCAUACCCGACCACCACCUCCCCUCUGAACAGGGCAUUUUCCACAAACUCUCCACCGAAUCCGAUGGACAUGUUCUCACAAGAAAGUGUGACCUACAUUCACCACAAUACAGCAACAACUCCACAACCAGGGGCGUUCACUGCUUUUGGAUUAGGAAGGACAGCAGGAAUGACUGAGUCCCUGCCAUUACCGUAA